UUUCGUACUAGUAUAUCCGUAUUGAUAGUAAGAAUGUCUUUCAACACUUGAACUGGUAGAUAAUAGCUCAUGAUAAUCGACCUUUUCUCAAAGAAACAACUGUCGUGCCUAUACAAUCCUAAGAAAUGAAGACUAUUCAUCUCACUUGGCAAGAUUGGUGAAUAGUGCUCGUCGGGAAGUCGGAGAUGUGUGGGAUUCUUGCAGUGUUGGGUUCUUCUUUACCGGUAGAGCAGCUAAGGGAGUUGGUGAAAAGCUGCACCAGAAAGUUAUAUCACAGAGGGCCAGAUGAAGAACAGUAUUUCAUUAGCGAAGACGGCUGGUGUGGUUUAGGCUUUGCGAGAUUGAAGAUAGUUGAUCCUGAACAUGGUGCUCAACCUAUGUUCAACGACGAAAAGACAGUUUGGAGUGUGACCAACGGUGAACUUUACAACCAUGAAGAGAUUCGAGAAAAAGAGUUGGACAGGAUGCCGCUACACUCUCAUUCUGACUGUGAAAUAGUGAUUCCUUUAUACGAAAAAUACAUUGCUAGUCAGCUUUAUGAUCAUGACAUUCAGUAUUUUUAUAAUCUUUUGCGUGGAGUGUUUGCUUCUUGUGUCGUUGACUUGAAACGUGGUUUCUUUAUGGCCGGAAGAGACCCAAUUGGAGUACGAGCUUUGUUUUAUGGAACUAGUAAAGAUGGUGCUGUUUGGUUUGCUUCUGAGGCGAAGUCUAUUAUGGAUGUUUGUGAUUAUGUGACAGCCUUUAUUCCUGGUACUUUUGUGAAAGGAUACAGAGGUCGUGAACAAGACUUUUCCUUUACGAGAUACUAUGAACCCGUAUUUUGGAAUGAUCAUUGGAUGCCAGUUUCUCCAGUUGACUAUCAGCUUCUACAUGAUACCUUUGUGUUAUCUUGUAAGCGUCGUUUGAUGUCGGACGUUCCAGUUGGAGUAUUUAUCUCAGGAGGAUUGGACUCUUCACUGGUAGCUUCCGUUGCCAAACGUCUACUUGGCCCUCAUUAUGAGUUUCAUUCUUUUGCUUGUGGUCUUGAGGGUGCUCCAGAUGUCGCUGCCGCUCAACGAGUAGCAGAUUUCUUGAAAACAAAACAUCAUGUUUUGACUUUUACUGUUGAAGAGGGCAUCAAAGCAUUGGAUGAUGUAAUCUAUCACUUGGAAACUUACGAUGUAACUACAGUCCGAGCAUCGACACCAAUGUAUUUGUUAUCUGGUUUAUGCAAAAAGUAUGUCAAAGUAGUUCUUUCUGGUGAAGGAGCAGACGAAAUAUUUGGUGGAUAUCUCUACUUCCACAACGCACCAGAUGAAGUUGCGUUUCAUCAAGAAACUGUUCGUCGAGUGAAACUUUUGUAUACUGCUGAUGUAUUGCGUGGAGAUAGAGCAACAGCUGCUCAGAGUUUAGAACUUCGAGUUCCCUUCUUGGAUAGAGACUUCCUUGAUGUUGCUAUGAGUAUUCAUCCCCGUGAAAAGGUUACUUGUAAGAACAGAAUCGAAAAAUACAUUAUUCGUUAUGCCUUUUCGAAAGAAUUUUGUGGCGAAGUCUAUCUUCCCGAUGAUAUAUUAUGGAGACAAAAGGAACAGUUUUCUGACGGUGUUGGUUACAGUUGGAUUGAUGGUUUAAAAGCAUAUUGUGAAAAAGCAGUGACAGAUCAAGAUAUGCAAAACGCGGCGCAACGUUUUCCACAUGACACACCCACAACAAAGGAGGCAUAUGUUUAUCGUGAUAUAUUUGAGAGGCAUUUUGGCAAGUCACGCGCUGUACAAGGCCUUCGUGAGUCAAUUGCAAGAUGGGUACCUAUGUGGAGUGAUAGUACUGACCCAAGUGGUCGUGCACAAAAAUUUCAUGUGGCAGCUUAUUCUAACGGAGGGGAGUAAGUGGCAAAUAUUUGUGUAGAAGAUAGACAGACGCUGUUGAAUAGAAAACAAUAGCUUUUGUAUCUUGCAAGGUGGAUAAUGAUAUUAUCCUCGCAGCAUCACUAGUUUUCUAAAUAAAUGGUGCUACGAAGUC